CUAAUGUCAAUUCUCGUCUUUGCGUAGUUUCAGUUAAAGUUUCAGAUCACAUCUGAAUCUCUCUCUCUCUCGUGACACUAUUAUUUUGUACUGUACAAACACAUUUCAAUUGUCCCGAAGUUGCUUUCGAAAUUUCUGCAGAUUUAGUUAGUAUAGAAUAUAACUUAAAUUACAAGUUUAUUGUCUUUGGAAGCCAACAUGGCCGACACCGUUCGGGGCAACAAAGCCUCUUCAUUAAGGACAAAGGUACCUCGUCCUAACCGUGGUGAUUUAUGGGCUUAUACUUCCCCGGUGCCCGCCUCGUUUGCUUCUCUAUCUAAGGAUCGGGAGCGUAAAUCUGAGUCAGAAUCCUUUUCGGAGCAAAGAGCCCGCUCGGCAUCGUGCACACCGUCGUCGGGGCCUACCUCCAUUCGGACGCGACAAACAUUGCAAUCCAAACAGAACUGGACGCAGGCACUCAAAGUGGAGCAAAGGAAUCUUGAGCAAAUUCAGAAUGCUUUCAUGUACAAGAUACGCACAUUGGCUGAACAGGGCCGAAAACUUCCAGGCACCUACAAGUUUGUGGUUAUGGUGUGCAAUGAUAAUCGAGAGUUGGUCGAAGAUUCUGCUGAAGAUUCCGCUCGUAAUGAGAACGAGAAGCGGUUGAUCGAUGAACUUGCUGAACGAGAUGAAACUAUUAGUGAACUGAAGAAAAAGCUGCUAAAAUGCGAGGAGCUGGCCUCCCAACAGGCUCUUCAACUGGCCGAGAGCCAGAAUAAUGAAUUUGAAAACCAGGCUCUAAAAGCUGAAAAUUCGUCCGUAAAGCAUAUCUGUAACCGACUGCGUUCGCGUCUCGAGGAAACAGAUUUGAAGCUAAAGGAUGCCACAAAACAAGUCGAGCGGCACGUACACAGUAUGACCAAUAUGAUCGAUCUGCAUGAGCAGCUAAAAAAGGCCACCGACGUAGAGCUCGACAGGAUGAAGGCGCAACUUGAGGCCAACGAUCAGCUGCUGGAGGCGCGUUCUUCUAAAAUAGAUAAACUGCAAACGAGCGAGCUGCAAAUUAAAGAGCAAUUCGGAAACAUCUACCAAGAACUGAGCAAGAAAAAUACGCUCAUCAAUCUGCUUAAAAACGAACUUGAUGCAAAGAAUGACCAGGUCGGGGAAGUAAUGAAUGCCCUAAAGGAGAAACAGGAUGCUGUAGCAAAGCAGCAGAACACUAUAAAGCUGCUGGAGGAGCAGGCAUCGCGUAGCGCCUUAAUACGCACCAAGCACGAAGAGCGUAUAGCUUCCAUGCUGCUAGAAAUUGCACAGUUGAAGCAGUGUUUAAGCAAUCAUGCUGAUGUUAUGGUUGCCAACAUCGAAAAUAUGGAAGCUGUGAGGGCUCAGCAUCACCCACUUCCCCAGCCAGAACAGUAAGCUGCAGAAAUUUCGACUAUCUUGCUAUCUGCAUUCCUGGAAUUCAGCACGGAUUAUAUAUUACAAAUUUAUUGUACCUUUUGGCUUUUACGUAGAUAUAUAUUCAGUACAGACAGUUUUUUUAAAA